AUGAAAAAGAGUGAUAAAAGGUUGACAUGUGCACACAUGGUUACUGUUGCGAAUUACUUUCACGACCUUUCAGAAUUUAACAAAUUGGUUUUAGUUUCCAAGAAAUUUUUGGACUUUUACGAUCGUUUUUAUUAUAACCCAAUACAAGUCACCACAAAGACCGCGUAUUAUUUCCCAAAUGUUGAAACGUUUCACGUUUACGAAUAUAAAAAUAUAAAAUUUGGAGUGAAGUAUCUUCAAAAUAUGAUUAAAGAUCAUUUUUACACCAAAAUUAUUGUCCAUUUUGCAGUGAAGUCAGAGACAAUCGCUAAAAUAAAAAAGGCAAAAGGUGUUGGUGAAUUAGUCACCUUCAUGAAGCGGCCUCUCGACUCCGUCAUUUCUAUUGCUGUUCUUGGCGAUUCCAAAGUUGGGAAAACCUCACUUUGUCUCUCCGAGUUUGAUAUGUUAAAAGGAGACACAUCCCUCUUGUUGACAAACGUCUUCGAGCAAAGUGAGUGUCAGAAAAAGCACCUUGUGUCAGGAAAGAUGUACCAAUGGAAGAUCACAGAUUGCGCACUAUCAGCAGAAUACACCGACUUGUUCAGUUAUUAUUACCACAAAGUGGACUACUACUUUUUACUUUAUGCCGUCGACUCUAGAGAGUCAUUUGAGAACAUCAAAAGGGUAUGGUGUAAGCCUGAGUUAUUUGGAAACGGUUCGAAAAUAGUAUUAAUUGCCACAAAAGUUGAUUUAUUCAAAAGUGUGAGUGUAGAGGAAAAAAAGAAGUUGGUGAGUUUUGAGGAAGGGAGAAAACUCGCGAAAGAUAUUGGGGCGAUCACAUUUGCGGUGACAUCAUCUAUAACUGAAGGAAAUAUCAAAAAAAUAUUUGACUAUGUUUGUGUGACGUUUGGGAAAAGUGGGGUGACAUUUGAAAGUAGCAAAAAGUACUUUUUGGACAUUUGGUAA